AACAAAACAAACCACACCUCCUUCUCGUUCGUUUGUGUACCAAAAUCAUUUUGAAGUUUUUUAAAGAGGGGGCGAGGGGUUUGAUUUCCAAUUCGUCUGUCUUCUGUGUCUCUUCUUUCUUCUUUCUUCAUUUGGGUUUGUUUGUUUUGAUUGCAUAAAGAUGACUGUUGAGGUUGUGGUUGAAGAGAAGGAAACCACUCAGUUGGGUGGUGGUGAUGAUAAUGGAGGAGUUGAGGUUAAGGUUGAAGAAGAAUCUAUUAAAGAAGGGCCUAAAGUUAUCGAAAAGUCUGCUUCUUAUAAGGAAGAGAGUAACUUUUUGUCUGAUCUCAAGGAGUUUGAGAGGAAGGCGUUGAAUGAGAUGAAGGAGAAGCUUGAAGAAGCCAUUAUUGGGGGUAGAAUUUUCAAGAAGGAAGAGGUGAAAAAGAUUGAAAAUGUUCAGGAAAAGGAGAAAGAGAAAGAGAAAGAAAAAGAAAUUGUUGAAGAAAAAGAGAAAGAAAAAGAGGUUGUUGUUGAAGAAAAAGAGGAGACCAAACAAGAAAAUAAAGAAGAAGAAGAGAAAAAACCUGAAGCUCAAGAGGAGAAGAAGGUUGAAGAGAAAAAACCUGAAGCUGAGGAAGAGACAAAACCUGAAACUGAGAAGGAGGAGAAGGUGGAAGAGAAAACACCUGAAGCUGAGCAGGAGGAAAAGAAGACUGAAGAGAAAUGUGUUGAUGAAGUUGAUAAAGACAUAUCUCUUUGGGGAGUUCCUCUUUUGCCGAGCAAAGGCGCAGAGGGGAUUGAUGUGAUUUUGUUGAAGUUCUUGAGGGCGAGAGAGUUCAAAGUGAAUGACGCACUCGAGAUGCUGAAGAAGUCGCUCCAAUGGAGGAAGGAGAACAACAUAGAUUCCAUCUUGGAGGAGGAUGUUGGGGCUGAUCUGGGAUCAGCUGCAUACAUGUAUGGCGUGGAUCGCGAAGGACACCCCGUUUGCUAUAACAUUUUCGGGGUGUUUGACAACGAGGAGCUGUAUCAGAAGACUCUGGGGACCGAGGAGAAGCGCAAUGAGUUCUUGAGAUGGAGGUUGAGGUUGAUGGAGAAGGGUAUUCAGAAGCUUGAUUUGAAGCCGAGUGGGAUUUCUUCUUUGCUUCAAAUCAAUGACUUGAAAAACUCGCCUGGACCGGCCAAGAAGGAGCUCAGGAUUGCAAUGAAGCAGGCGGUUGGCCUUUUGCAAGACAAUUAUCCUGAAUUCGUCGCAAAAAACUUUUUUAUUAAUGUACCAUUCUGGUACUAUGCUCUCAAUGCACUCUUAUCGCCAUUUUUUACUCAAAGAACCAAGAGCAAGUUUGUUGUUUCUCGCCCUGCCAAGGUCACUGAAACUCUUUUGAAGUACAUUUCAGCCGAAGAGCUACCUGUUCAUUAUGGCGGAUUCAAGAGAGAAGAUGAUUUCGAAUUCGCAAAUGAAGAGCCUAAUGUCUCUGAGAUUACUGUCAAAGCAGGAUCAACUGAAUCCAUUGAGAUUCCAGUUGAUGAGCUGGGAACGACGACAACUUGGGAUCUGACAGUGCUUGGAUGGGAAGUGAACUACAGGGAGGAAUUUGUGCCAAAUGAUGAAGGCUCCUACACCAUAGUUGUUCAGAAGGGGAAGAAGAUAGGCACACAGGAAGCUCCAAUUCGGAACAGUUUCAGGAACAAUGAACCUGGAAAAGUUGUGCUAACAGUUGAGAAUGGUUCAAGCAAGAAGAAGAGGGUUCUGUAUCGAUACAAGACCAAGAAGAGCUCCGGAGUCUGAACUUGUUGAAUUGUCAUGUCUAUGAUGUUACUAUGUAUUUAUAUUUAUAAUUUGUUUCAACUGUAACUGCAUAGCAAAAACUUAGGUUCAUUUGGGAGAAGACAGAUAAAAUAAGCAGCUAAAAAAAAUACAAUUAUAUUCUUUUUAAGAAAGGGGAAGAAGUGGUGGUGGGGGGAGGAGGAAGUUGAGAGUCAGUCAUUCUUUUUGCAGGAUUGAGAUAUGAUUCUGCGUUUUGAUAUUUUAUUGUUUGGAUUUUUUUUGAUAUGGGUAUUCUUAUAUGAAAUAUUAUUAUCUUCCUA